UGAAACUUUCGGUAACUCUUCAUGAGAACACUGCAGCAGUCCAGAUUCCUCUCUGCAGAAAACUCUCCAGGUCUUCAGAUGACAGAAUAACAGAAUUGUCUACAAACAACCAACAUGGCAACAGCAAGCAGCCUCCUCUCUGAAGACCAGUUUCUGUGCUCCAUCUGUCUGGAUGUGUUCACUGAUCCAGUCACCAUACCAUGUGGACACAACUUCUGCAAGAGCUGCAUCACUGAGCACUGGGACACUAAUGUCAAGUGUGAGUGUCCCUUGUGCAAAGAGCAAUGUGAGAAAAAACCUGACCUGCGGGUCAACACUUUCAUAUCGGAGAUGGCUGCUCAGUUCAAGCAGUCAGUUCUACAGGAAACCAGCAGCAGCAGCUCAGAGGAGCAACACACCAACACAGGAGAAGUUCUCUGUGACUUCUGCACUGAGACCAAACUGAGGGCCCUGAAGUCCUGCCUGGAUUGUCUGGUCUCCUACUGUGAGACUCACCUGGAGCCUCAUCAGAGACUCCCAGCCCUGAAAAGACACAGGCUGAUCAAUCCUGUGGAGAACCUGGAAGAAAGGAUAUGUAAGAAGCACAAGAGACCUCUGGAUAAUUUCUGUAAGACCGACCAGGUUUGUGUGUGUGGGUUCUGUACUGUGUCAGAACACAAGCUGCAUCGCAUUGUUUCUCUCCAAGAAGAAUACAAAGAGAAGAAAGCUGAGCUCGGAAAGACAGAGGCUGAAGUUCAGAAGAUGAUCCAGGAGAAGAGACUGAAGGUUGAGGAGCUCAAACAAUCCGUGAAGCUCAGCAAGGAAGAAGCAGACCAAGAGACGACAACAAGUGUGGAGGUCUACACCGCUCUGAUCCAGUUUGUUGAGAGAAGUCUGGCUGAGCUCCUCGACAUGAUUGAAGCAAAGCAGAAGACAACAGAGAAACAGGCUGAAGGUUUCAUUAAGGAGCUGGAGGAGGAGAUCUCUGAGCUGACCAAGAGAAGCACUGAGCUGGAGCAACUCUCACACAACGAGGACCACCUCCACUUCCUCCAGAGCUAUUCAUCCCUAAACCCUGCUCCACCCACCAAAGACUGGACAGAGGUCAAAGUUUACUCAUGCCAUGAGCAUCUUAAUGCUCUGAGAACAGCUCUGGUUCAGCUGGGGGAGACACUCCUCAAGGAGGUGAAGAAGAUGUGUUCAAAUGUGGAGAUGAAGCUGGUCCAGCACUUUGCUGUAGAUGUGACUCUUGAUCCUGGAACAGCUCAUCCUAAUCUAGUUCUGUCUGAUGAUGGAAAGGAAGUUCGUCAUUUGGAUAUUAAGCAGAAUCUCCCAGAGAGCCCUCAGAGAUUUUCACAGAGUUUCUUUGUGUUAGGAAAACAGGGCUUCUCCUCAGGCAGGUUUUACUAUGAGGUUGAAGUUGUAGGGAAGACUGACUGGGUUUUGGGAGUGGCUCGGGAGUCUAUUCACAGGAAGAAAACCCUCACCUUUUCCCCUAAGAAUGGCCUCUGGACUGUAAGUUUGGAAGAUAGGAAAGAUUACAAAGCGUAUGAUAAACAUAAAAUCAAUCUGUGUUUGAGUUCAAAUCCUCAGAGGGUGGGGGUGUUUGUGGAUUACGAGGAGGGUCUGGUCUCCUUUCAUGACGUAGAUGCUUCCGCUCUCAUCUACUCCUUUACUGGCUGUAACUUCACAGAGGAACUCUACCCAAUUUUCAAUCCAAAUAAUAACUACACUGGUACCAACUCCACCCCUCUGAUCAUCCAUCCGCUCGAUCUCUGAGAUUAGACCAAUCAGAACUCAGAUCCUCUCCACUGUUGUCUCCACUCUUCUCAAACUCUGGUGUGUUGGUGAUUGUGAUUUCAUGAGCAUUAAUUUUCAUCAUCUUAAAGCACCUUGGGCUGUUUCUUGUAUCAAGUGUCAUAUAAAUAAAGUUUAUUUUGAUCUGUG